AUGAAUUUUAAAGAGGACUUUUCAUUAUUCAAGAAAUGCUUUGAAUGUAGUGAUGAUGAUCUAGGUGACCUUUGGGUAUCUCCUGACCGGAGAACUGUCGAGUGGUUAGUAGGUAAAGGCACGGAAUGUAGAAGGCGAUUUACUUUCAACUCAUCUGCUGUAGUAAGAGCUGGAUUUACCAAAUUUGAAAAUCUACAGACGAAAUGUCUAAUAAUUGUACUGAGAGAGCUUGCAUAUGUCUACUAUAUCGCCAAUGAAAGCUCAGAAAGUGCAAAAAGUGAUAGUUCCACAAUAUGCUUCCCUUUUCCAAUAAAAGAUGCAUUUAUGUAUCAAAAUGGUAUAAUAUUGGAACGGGAUGAUAUGUUAUCAUUAGAACCUGGAAGUGGCGGCAAAUCAAUUUUUUCUGAAGAAAAUAGUGGAAGAACCUCUAUUGAGCAGCAGUUCAUAUCACUUUCUGACCCAUUGGCACCUUUUGGGACCCUAGUAUUUAUUAAUGAAGAUGAUACAAUACUCACCUCAAGUGGUAAGAGACGGAAUACGCGGGAGAUCGAUACUGUGGAUGGUAAUAUUCUAUUUAAGAAAAAAAGACGUACAUGUAGUCCAAAUGAAUAUACUAAAGAACUGGAAAAUAGCGAACAGACUUGUUUAGCAUCAUCUAGGGUACGACAUCCUUUAAAAAUGAUGACCUUUCCAAAAAAUUCUGGGCUUAGUAUCACUGUUCUCUAUGAUUCAGAAGAAUUGAAUUUGCAAUUUUAUUACACUAGGAUACUUGGAGAUAAUGCUAGAACAGAAAACACUUUGUCAGACUAUAAAAAUAGUAAUAGUGCAGGUCAGAAUAGUCAUUUACAAAUCUCCAAACCUAGAACUAUAAGUAAAUUGGAAGCAAGUCAGCAACUAGAAAAUAGACAUCAAUACAGCAAUGACUUAAGAAAACUUUCGUUGAUGAAUCGAAAAGUAACACCAAACGCUGGCCUUCCGGUUGAUGUUCAACUGAAAUCACCUGCAGAUUUUUUUCAAGAAGUUAAUGUAAGUCAUCAACAGCUGUCAUCAUCAACUUUAAAACGGAAUGACUCAUCUACUAUGGAUAGAUUGGGGAUAAACGGCAACGAAAGCUUAUUGAAAAAUCACCCCAAUAGCAGCGUAAGAGUUUCGAGUAGUACUAUGGCCACAACCGACACUAUGAGCAGCGAAACAUCAAUAAAAGAUGUUGUAUUAACUAAGAUUUCAACUGUUAAACUUCCUGAAUCCUUGAGAAAUGGCGAAGGAGGUAUAAAUAUAAAAUGUCUUCCUUUAAAGUAUGAAAAUAUGGAGGGUGUAUUAAUUUUUGACACGGAAAAGGGUUAUUAUAAAUUAUGGUUUAUUGAUAUGAUCCCUGAAGUAAUUAACUCUAAUUCAUUUCUACUUUAUGGCACAUUUCCACAACUGAUGAUCCAGUUAAAAAAUCUGCCUAAAGUGGAUUUUGGUAAUAUAUUGGACUUUCAACCAACAAAUAGCUCGGAAUAUAGAUUAGAUGGCUGUGUUUUUGCCAUUACAGAAGAGAAGACAUAUAUCAUGAAUCCUUACCUUGAUAUAUAUUAUGAAGAAAAUAUAAUGGCCAUUAGAAGAAUGGAAAUGGUUAGCAAAGAACAACUGAUAGUUCAUCAAUUCCCUUCUACAUUUGUGAGAUAUUUUACUCUAUAUGACCGCUGUCCCAAAAGGCUGUUGUUAAGAGAGAUUUUUCUUUCGUUUAGGUAUAUUUGUGACUCGAAAUUUUAUCAACUACUUGUUUUCUUUUGGUUUCAAAUUAGUCUUGAGUAUGUUAAUUCUAAAGAAAAUCUCGAUGUGUUUGAUUGUGAAUGGGAAUGCUUUAAGGUUUUGAUUUCUAGUCUAAUGUCACCAGACUCUUUAACUUCACUACCUUCCUUACGGAACUCUCGAAUUUUAAAUUCACUUGAAAGAAUGGAUGUUGGUGUCACUUUUCCAAAAAUGGUUAUGGGACUGCAUUUGUUAAGAGAGGAGACCAUUCUAAACAUAUAUAGGAGAAGGGAUACCGACGACAUGGGUUCUUUGAUUGGCGCAAUAACAACUAUUCUGGAAUGGCCCUCUCAAUGGGAUGAUUACUACCAAGAUUAUAAAGGUCUCAAAGCAAUCCCGUGCUGCCUAAACUUGUCCUCUAAUAUAGUAAAUGGUUAUGUCAAACCCUUGGAUGCACCGACUUCAAUUCUUGGAUCUUUAUCGAGUUUAAGUGAUAAAGAUGUUAACACUAUUGUCCCUUUUAUAGAGUUUUCUAGACUAGUUGAAAUGGACAAUAAGGUUAACGAACUUAUCACUCCUCGGACUUUUAAAGUAACUCGACUAUUUGAGUCACUAAAUAAUAUAUCACCUAAAAGUCACUUUUUGAAAGUCUUGACAAAGUUCAAGAUGAAUAGGGAAGAUCUGCAAUCCUAUCCACCUGGACUUUUUAAGCCUAUGGUGGAAGCCUUACAAUUGUUUGAGAACAAUUUUGCUGAGAUUGAAGAGGAUGUUGAUGUUGGACUUAUAUCGAGAGCAGAUUUAGCGAGAUACUCAAGCAUACUUAAAGAAAAAAUGACAUGGAAGGGUAGCAAUGAAAGUGCUUUGAAAACUGAUAUAAAAGCGUCACCAUUACUAAACGCGAAAUCAACGAAAUCCAUACUGUCUGUUCUUUCUGAUAUUGUUUUGAGUUCAGAAUCCCAACUGUCAAAGGAUAUACUUUUAGAUCAAAAUGCUUCAGAAGAUAUCGAUGAUGGUGUCAAUCUAAAGAAAAACUCGAGUCUGAUAUUUUCGGAGGAUAGAAGGUUUAAUGAUGCUAUGACAUUGUUGUCUUUUAGUAAGGUUCAAAAAGUUCCUUUCUUUUCUACUGAUUCCGAGUACUCGAAAAUACUAAGUAAAAAAAAGAAGAUUGCAGAAAUUAUUGCUCUUAGAUCAUGCGCUCAGGGUAUUGGUUGGGCAAUGGUAGUUUUUGCAACAGAAAAGCCAUUGUCAACCCAAAAGUGGGUUUUGAGGCCAAUAAAUUUUUCAGUUUCCUUUCCUGACGAGACUGUAAUUAAUGUUGACAAGGAUCUCAUCCCAAGCGAUAUAAUUGAAUGGGGUGAAUUUCAUGCAGGUGUAAGUUCUGGUUUAAAAAUAUCUAGAAAAACCAAAGGAGUAAAUGGUAGUUGGAUUGUUUUCAAUAAGCCAAAGGAUGUAAGUGCAUCACAUGCAGGUUUCCUAUUAGGUCUUGGUUUAAAUGGGCAUUUAAAAGAGUUAGAAGAAUGGCAUAUUUAUAACUACCUCAGCCUAAAGAAUACACAUGUUGGCGUUGGUCUAUUGUUAGGAAUGACCGCUAGCAUGAGAGGUACCAUGGAUCUGACGUUAACAAAAAUUUUGAGCAUCCAUAUCGCUUCCUUAUUGCCUAAAGGAGCUAAUGAUUUGAAUAUUGAUAUUCGAGUGCAGACAGCCGGACUUGUUAGCUUAGGACUUUUAUUCUUGAAGUCUCAACAUAAAAAGAUGACAAACAUCCUUGUUGAUCAGUUGGAGUCUUUAGUACUCAUUAAUGAGGAGUAUGUUGCUAAUGAAGGAUAUAGAAUGGCUGCUGGUAUAGCUAUUGGCAUGAUCAAUCUAGGUGCAGCUGACAAUUUUACUAAAUCAUGUGGUACUGAAGAGCACAAAAAAAGUCGAAGCAAUUUGGUUGAAGACGACCUUGAUUCAUCUUAUAAUUUGCCGGAGAUUCAAGAUUCUGCAUAUUUUACUUCUUUGACAGAUGGAUUGUUAAACAAGUUGAAAUUUCAUUCAGAAGCUGAGAAAUCUGAGCUGCCUCAGAACUCAUAUAUAGGCAGGCUUUUAGCUAUUAUGUUGAUAUAUCUGAAGAGUGAAAACGCAGAUGUUGCCGAUCAAGUUAAGCCAAAGAUUAUUUUUGGCUUUGAAAGAAGCUCUUGCCGUCCCGAGUUUUAUAUGUUUUCAGAGUUUGCAUAUCGCAUGAUAAUGUGGGACUCGAUCCAUGACUCUGUUGAAUUCUUGAUGGAAGAGCUAGGCGUGGAUAUACUAGACUCUUGUUUGAAGUCUGAUCAUAUGCAAAUAUAUUACAUAUUAUCAGGCAGGAUUUUAUCCCUAGGGUUAAAGUUUGCCUCUACUGGAAAUUUAAGAAUUAAGGAAUUCUUGCUCUCCUUGUUUGACCAACUUCUUCCCUUUUAUCAAUACCCUGGAAGAGACUCUGUUGAUUUCAAAUUAGUUGUAACUUCUAUUAAUGUGCUGUUAAAUGUUAUUAUGGUAUCCCUCAGUAUGGUUAUGAGUGCACGGGGUGAUUUGGAUGUAUUUAAACGAAUUAGAUACGUUCAUGAGGUGGUAUUUGGAAGUAGCUCAGAUAUUUAUCAUAGAAAAGAAUCGAAAUCACAGAACAACUGGGAUCAUUCCGAUGCUAACACAAUUAACAAUCAGGCAGUAGGUAGUAGUCGAAGGAGUUCUCUAAACGGGUUUGAGGAGGUUGUUGAAGGAGGUUCAGCAGGAGAAGAUACCGUACCCCCAAAUUUUGACCAACCCGACACAGAUAAUCACUAUGCAAAAUAUAUUGCCACAAGUCUGUCCAUAGGAUUUUUGUUUUUAGGUUCGGGUCAGUAUGCCUUAAAGAACACCGAUAAAGAGUCUGUCGCUUAUUUAAUCUUGAGCACUUUACCUUUAUUUUUACCUCCGUAUUAUCUUCAAGAAUUGAGACAUUUUUGGAGUUUGGCAGUUGAAUCUAGAUGUCUCUUAGUUAAAGAUGCUACUACGGAUAAAAUGGUAUCUGGUGUUGAUAUCAGAGUUCUCACAAAGUCUGCCAACUCACAAAAGCUCAAUGAACAAAUUUUGCGAACUCCUUGUCUUCUGCCUGAAAUUAACGCCAUUAAGGCAAUAUCGCUAAUAUCCAAUGACUACUAUCCCCUUCACAUUGAUUUCAGUAAAAAUAUCUCUGCAUCAAAAUUAUUCAAAAACGGGACAAUUUUGUAUGUCCAAUCAAAGAAAGAGUCUUCAUAUCCUAAUGGUGCUUCUGACUACAGAACUCGGAAUAAUACGGAUGUAGUUGACCUUUCUCUAAGUAAGAAAAUAGAGAAAAGAUUACGGUUUGAUAAAAUUAUGGUACAGCCUGCUUCUUCUAUACUUUCUUUGUUGCAUAUAAAAGGCAAGGAUUUGCAGGACCCGCUAAAUGAGUUCGAAGAUUCUAGUAUCUGUUCAAGAAACUCUAAAUUUGAUCUUGAAUUAAUUCAAAACAAUAGAAGAGUAUCAUCGAUAUCAAAUGAUGACCUAGCAAUUUGGUGGAAGCUUUACGAGGAAGCGCAGCAUUGA